AUGGCGGUUCUGCCCUCAUUCAGGUGGCGCAAUAGGAUAUGUAUCCUCCAAUUGUGUCUUCCACUUCGAGCCCACCACCCGCCGUCCCUUGUCGGACCCGAUUGGUAUGGCCGAGUCGGCGUUCAUGAUUUGCGAUACCGUCUGGUCGUCUCCAACGUCAUCAUCCCCUCGGCCUCGUCCGCCACAGAAGACCAGGUCGGCGCGGCCUACGAACGCGCUAAGGUGAAGAUCAUCGACGUGUGCAAUCAAUUAGAAUCUAGUCAUGUUCCCCUACCUGUACAACAAGAUCCGUUUCCAUCCAAAAAAGACCGUACACCGCCAGUCAGUAACGUGGGUAAACAGGGCUAUGAUAGCUUCGUUACCAGCCUCAAGCAAAACAUCUGCAAAGGUGAUAUCACUCAAGCCGUUCCUAGCCAACGUCUGAAGAAAGAAACCCGACUUCAUCUGUUUAACGUCUACCGGUGA